GUGAACGAGUGCUUUGUUUUCAUGGACCUCUCCUUUAUGAAGCAAAGUGUGUAAAGGUUGCCAUAAAGGACAAGCAAGUGAAAUACUUUAUCCAUUACAGUGGUUGGAAUAAAAACUGGGAUGAAUGGGUUCCAGAAAGCAGAGUGCUCAAAUACGUGGAUACCAAUUUGCAGAAACAAAAAGAACUUCAAAAGGCCAAUCAGGAACAAUAUGCAGAGGGGAAGAUGAGAGGUGCUGCUCCGGGCAAGAAGACUUCUGGUCUGCAGCAGAAAAAUGUUGAAGUAUUUUUCAGACGAGAUGGAGCGCAUACUGUUUGCUGUUUGGAGACCCCUACAAUAUCGACGCGGAAAACAAAAAAGAACAAACAGAAAACUCCAGGAAUUGGAGAAGGGAGCAGUACCAGUGAGACUCCUCAGCCUCCUAGGAAGAAGAGGGCUCGAGUAGAUCCAACGGUUGAAAGUGAAGAAACAUUUAUGAACAGAGUUGAAGUAAAGGUGAAAAUCCCAGAAGAGCUGAAACCGUGGCUGGUAGAUGACUGGGACUUGAUCACCAGGCAAAAGCAGCUCUUCUAUCUUCCUGCCAAGAAAAAUGUUGACUCCAUUUUAGAGGAUUAUGCUAACUACAAAAAAUCACGAGGAAAUACUGAUAACAAGGAGUAUGCAGUCAAUGAAGUGGUGGCUGGAAUUAAAGAAUACUUCAACGUCAUGCUGGGAACUCAACUGCUGUACAAGUUUGAGAGGCCCCAAUAUGCUGAAAUUUUAGCAGAUCACCCGGAUGCUCCGAUGUCUCAAGUCUAUGGUGCCCCACACCUGCUGAGGUUAUUUGUACGAAUUGGAGCUAUGCUUGCUUACACCCCUCUUGAUGAGAAGAGUUUGGCUUUGCUGUUAAACUAUUUGCAUGACUUCUUAAAGUAUUUAGCAAAGAACUCCUCGGCGUUGUUCAGCGCCAGCGACUAUGAAGUGGCCCCCCCGGAGUAUCACCGGAAGGCGGUGUGAUGCUGCGCCGCUCUGCAGCGGGAACUGGAUCCCUGUCGUGCUGUCCACUCCCACGUCUCGUUCCUCACCUUCCUGUCACACACGUCUCCAUUGCACAGGUGGUGUCCACAUAAAGCCCAUAAAGUUGUGUGUUUUGAAACGGAACUGGCAUUGCUGAAGUUCUGAGGAUUUUUCUU